UACUUCUUCUCUAUCUCUCUUCUUCUUCCGCAAAUCUCGCGCCGGUGUGAGACGAGGAGAGAAGAGAGAUAGAGAAAAAAAACAGAGAAAUUCCAAGGCAAAAAAAAAAAACUCGAAUAAAAUUCAAAUUCAGGGUUUAAGAAAUUGAAUCAGACAGGGCAUGAUUGGCCGUUGAAUGGGGUGUGUCAAUACGAAACAGGCAGUCUCUGUCACGCCUGCUUUCGAUUAUUCCGGUGGCGGAGGAGGAGGGGGGGAGAUAUUAGCUUCAUCACUUCGUAACAGAGCUGCUUCUUCUAUUGGUAUUGGAAUUCAGAAUAAUGAGAAAUUGUUAUUGGAGGAAUUAGAUAGGAAAUCAACGACAGCUGAAAUAUUAUUACGUGAUUGUAAUAAUAAUGAUUCGAGAAGAAGCAAAUCAUCGUCUAAAUCAACGAAAUCGCAUAAAUCGACGAAAUCGAAUGAGAAUAAUAAUAAUGUGAGAUUGGGGAAUUUGCAGAGAUAUGUCAAAGGUGAACAGAUUGCUGCCGGUUGGCCUGCUUGGCUUAGUGCCGUUGCUGGUGAAGCUAUUCAGGGAUGGGUUCCUCUUAGAGCUGAUUCUUUCGAAAAAUUGGAAAAGAUUGGGCAAGGUACAUACAGUAGUGUGUUCCGAGCGCAAGACCUUGACACUGGCAAAAUAGUUGCGUUGAAGAAGGUUCGGUUCGAUAAUUUCGAGCCGGAGAGCGUCAGGUUUAUGGCGCGUGAAAUUAUGAUACUUCGGAGGCUAGACCAUCCCAACAUUAUCAAAUUGGAAGGGAUUAUUACGUCUCGGUUGUCAUGUAGUAUAUAUCUUGUCUUCGAGUAUAUGGAACAUGACCUUGCUGGGCUAUCAACCUGCCCUGACAUCAAAUUCAGUGAAGCACAGGUUAAGUGCUAUAUGCACCAGCUGCUAUCUGGCAUUGAGCACUGCCAUUCCAGGGGCGUAAUGCAUCGUGACAUUAAAGGGUCUAAUCUUUUGGUUAAUAACGAAGGGAUUUUGAAGGUGGCUGAUUUUGGCCUGGCAAAUUUCUUUAACCCUGGUUACAGGCAACCAUUAACUAGUCGAGUUGUGACUCUAUGGUAUCGCCCUCCGGAACUUCUGCUAGGAUCCACGGAAUAUGGAGCAACAGUGGAUUUAUGGAGUGUUGGCUGUGUCUUUGCUGAACUUUUCAUGGGGAAGCCUAUUCUGCAGGGGAGAACCGAGGUGGAACAGUUGCACAAAAUUUUCAAGCUGUGUGGUUCCCCUCCAGAGGAGUAUUGGAAAAAAUCGAAACUGCCUCAUGCAACUAUUUUCAAGCCCCAGCAUCCUUAUGAGAGUAGUAUUCGAGAAACCUUAAAUGAACUGCCGCGAACAGCCUUGAGUCUGAUAGAAACUUUUCUUUCGGUAGAACCAUAUAAACGUGGUAAUGCCUCCUCCGCUCUUGCAUCUGAGUAUUUCUCAACUAAGCCUUAUGCAUGUGAUCCAUCAACCUUGCCAAAGUACCCUCCUAACAAAGAGAUUGAUGCAAAAAGUCGCGAGCAGGCACGAAGGAAGAAAGCUGGGCGUGGGCGUGGUGGAGCUGAAGCAAGAAGAUCGACAAAAGCGGGUAAAACCUUGCGAGAAUUGAAUGGACAGAGUAAACCAGUUGCACCAAUAGAGGAGGGCCAAGUUAAGAAGUCACAAGCUUUAACUGACACUGAUGGUGCUAACCCAAACAUCCGAAAGGAAAAUGCCAUUAUGAAAGAAUGUGGGGAGCCUCUCAAGCCAUCAACUAAUACUGCUCAAGAUGCUUCCCAUGUAAAGAAUGCAUCCCAAGGGGAUAUUCCUUUUUCGGGGCCACUGGAAAUGAUGGCACCUAGUGGCUUUGCGUGGGCAAAAAGGAGAAAAGAAGAUGCAGUAUCAACAAGAUCACAUACUAGGUCUAGUUCCAAAAUUCAAGUCCCUGAUGCAUUAGAUCCCUCUAAUGUGUCCCAUAAGAAAACUGUUUCUGAUUCUGUAUGUCAAGAGAGUGGGAGUAGUUUACUUGACUCAACUGUCGAUUCAAAACGCCACGACUCGUACGAGGUGGCUAAGCGUGUGAUGCGCAAACAAUGGACACAUCUGGAUCGUCCUGAUUCUUUUGAUGAAUCAGCAUACCAUUCUCAUGAUCUGGCGGCAGCACUGUAUCAAAGAGAGGAAAUGGUAGCUGUACAAUGCAACAUGAUGCAGGAUGGCCAGGAAGAAGGAGAGAUGGUUGAGUUCUCCGGGCCAUUGUUAUCUCAAGCACAUAGAGUCGAUGAGCUAUUGGAAAAACGUGAUCGCCAUAUACGUCGAGCAGUCCGAAAAUCAUGGUUCCAAAGAGGGAAAAAGAAUGAGAAGUAGCUGUCUGUACCUGCCUAAAUUCUCAGCGCCAUAAACCUUCAACAGACUUGAUGUUCAUCUGUAAUAAUCGUCGAAAAAGAAAAAUUGUACAAGUGAAUCAAACCCAAACGUAAUGAAAGAAUCAGAUGGGGGUGAUUAUCAAUAUGAAGAAUGCGAGUAACUAGCAGACAACAAAAUUUUGACAACCAAAGGUUGUGGCAAGUCAAUGAGAGCAGCAUAAUCAAAUGAAACUGGGGGUAAGCUAUUGAAAUAGAAAAGAAAUGGGUCUCUCAUAUGUGUUUUACAAACUCUUUCUAAAGCUGAUUUAUUUGCAACUAAAAGGUUGUCAAUUGAUGUAUAGCAGUAUUUAAGCAUGGUUCCAGCAUUAUAUAGAUUAGCUUUUGUUUGUUUUCUUGUAUAUGGCCAAACUUCAAAAAGAGAAACAAAAAGGAAAAAAAGAUUUUGGAUCA